AUGCCACCUCUGAAUGAAGAUAGCGCUAGUAGCGCCAACCUUUCCCCUUUCCAAACGAACCAUUUACUACUGGCAGAAGCACUCGCUUCGCGCGUCCUACGGGCGGCAUUGAUACUACCGACGGGCUGGGAAGUGCGACGGUUUCGAUCGACGGGCGAAUUGUACUAUCUGAACAUGCUCACCAAGAAGAUCCACUUGGACUUUCCAAAGGAACCUGCGCAAGCCGAACCUCGGCUUGAAUACGGCUAUGUGCGGUGUUCGCAUAUAAUCGUCAAGCACCGUGAAUCGCGCCGUCCUCGCUCGUGGCGCGAAGUGAACAUCACCCGGACGCGAGACGAGGCACUCGCGCUCAUCAAACGCUACCGCGAGGAGAUCGUGUCCGGCAAAAAGACGUUUGAAGAUGCGGCGAACGAAUACAGCGACUGCACCUCGGCCAAGAGGAAGGGCGACCUGGGUGCGUUCGGCCGCGGUGCUACGCAGAAGGGCUUCGAGGAGGCUGCCUUCGCGUUGAAAGUGGGCGAGCUCUCCGAGCCGGUAUUCACCGAGUCCGGCGUCCACCUGAUCCUGCGGACCGCCUAAGACUUUUCCUGCCCUCGGCUGCACAGUUUCUUUUGACAGGUCCUCCGCCGUCGGAUGCCGAGUGUUAGUCGUCCUAGGACGACUUAGCGUGACCGAGUGCGUCUGUUGACAGGCCCUCCGCUACGAGAUGCCGAGGGCCAAGAAUAACUUCGUUGUGGGGCAGACCCGAGUGCUUCACAAACAGCAGGUGCGUUGCGAGAGGACAUCGCCGCCGUUGUUGUCAUACACGUGCAUCUAUACUAUUUCAUAUAUGUCAUAUUCAAGGUGUUGGUUGUUGAGUUGUCUUUUGGUGUUUUUUGCGAAGUUGAGUGGACUUUAGUAGCUGCCUGUUCAGUUGUAUGGUGCUCAAUAAAGCAGCCGAGGGGUGCAUA